AUAUCUCUCAUCUUUUUAGUCCUUAUGUUUUAUUUGAUUUAGAACAAAUAAAGUUACCUACUCCUUUUCUUUCUAAAUGCAACAAACUCACUUUCACGCACAACGAAAUAUUACUUUGACCAUAAAUAUCUAUAAUUACAUAAAGGUAAAACUUAUAAAAAUUACAUACUUUAUGAAAGCGAGUCAUAAGAAGAAUCUAACAAGAACUCACUUGACUAUAUUUUUCAUUAUAUACAAAUCACAAAUAUUAUUCAAAGUGAUAAGUGUAAAUAUUAAAAAAAGUCCAAUUAUUACAUUUAAAAAGAAACGAAAGAAGUACAGAUUUAACAAGAUCAUGUGCAAGUGUAACCAUGUUUACAAGUUACAACUAAAAAAGAAGGGUGGAAGUUCAAUUUCCCACUUCCCACUAUAAAAGCCGCCUAAAUCCAAACGGUCACUCCUUCAAAAAAAAAAAAAAAAGCCUCAAACCUCCAGAAUAUGGGAGGAGCGCCUCAUGGCUACUCUUAUCCCACAACCACCACCACCAUCAGCACCACAAGAAGACUAAGUAGAGAGAAUUUCCAACGAACAAAACACGACACCGCCUUCUCGAAAUGGAAGAUUCUAAUAGGGCCAUCAGAUUGGGAGGACUAUGAGGCCAAUAAGGAUGGUGCAGAGAGAUACAGAGUUGGCAAUCUCCCAUCAGUAUGUGGUCCUGGAUUAUAUGAGAUUGCAGUGGCUGUUUGCUCCUCAAACUCAGGCCGUGAUGUAUCGAAACUCGAUACAGAACGCAUUGUGGUGGUGUACUUGGGUCAAGCUGAUAAUGUCAGGUCUAGACUUCAGCAUUAUGGUCGUUCUGGAUCUCAUUUGAUUAAUGGUUUUGGCUUGUUUAAAGAGGUCUUCUCUAGAGGCUACCCCAUUGUUUAUAGAUGGGCUCCUAUGAAAACCAAAAGUGAUGCUGAAAAAACAGAAGCUAAGCUACUUGAAAGAUUUGAUUAUGCAUGGAACAAAGUUGGAAAUGGUGCACGCCGUCCAUAUGAUGUUCUAAACAAGAUUGAGAAGAUCUCAUCUCGAAACAGCAAAAUCCCGAAGAUACUGAAGAUGCUACAAUCUCUUGGUGAGCAAAAAGUAGGAAUCCAAAUCAAAGCAGAGAAGCUUUCACUUGACAACGAACCUAGUCAUGAUAAUUAUGACAACUUCAGCCUCUUUGAUCGUAUUUUCAAAUUUUCUCGGUCACAACCACGAUUAGUUUCUACUAAUCCCGAGACCAUUGUCGAGGAUUUUAAUCAACUCCACAUUUGUGGAGUGAUUUCUAGCGAAGGAUUGAUUUGUAGCAACGCACCAGUUAAAGGGAGAAAACGAUGUUCUAAGCACAAAGGAAGAAGACUGACCAGUUCAUUAAUCAACUCAAAAUCGACUAGCAGUAAAAAUGAUGCUGUUAGUGACGAGGUUUCUUCCAUUUGUGGUGUUAUUUUGCUCGAUGGAUCUCCAUGUGGAAGUUCGCCAUUUCCUGGUAGGAAAAGAUGUGAAGAGCAUAAAGGAAUGAGAAUUAGCAAAACCAUGUCCAAGUCUUUGAACCUUGAAUCUGUUAUGGAAAAGCCUCUGUACAAUAUAGACCUUGCAGAUUGUUGUGGAGUGGAUUUGGGUGAUGGAAUUCGCUGUGGAAGGCAGCCAGUGAAAGGAAGAAAGAGGUGUGAGCAGCAUAAAGGGAUGCGAGUUGAUGCAUCUAUGUGUAAGUUAUCUUCAAAAGCUAAAUUAUAGCCACAGCAAGGCUGCAAGCAAACUACUUGGCAGCACAAGGGUAUGCUAGGUUACUCGGACUGGGGAACUCGUGUCAGAUAAGGUACACAGUGUCCGACUGUGUUAAAGUGUCCAUACCAAUGUCAGGGUAUCAAAGAUUCGAUGCAGGUACUUGAGGUAAAAUGAAGAAUUCGAGUAACAUAGAGCGAAUCUUGGCCUGUGCAUCUAGUUAUUUUAUUGCUUAUUUUCAGAUACACAAAAAGAAGAGGAAAUCGUAGGAAGCAAUGUAAUGAUUAAAUUAAAUGAUGUAGAUCGUGUUGUUUAUUUAUAAUGUGUGUUUGAAAAAUAUAGAAAAUUAAAGAAGCAACGUAUGUAAUUAUCAUGCUUUGAGUUUAGCCAUGCUCUGAAGAGAAACGUGUGAUAGGAUUAGGAUGUAUGUUCAUACAAUUCAUUGUAAUCAGCUUAUAAAAAAUGAGAAUUAAUUCUUACAA